AUGACCCCAGAUAAUCUACUCACUCGUUUUUGGGAGGUGGAAGAAGUUCCCAGAAAACCCUUGGCCUCUCCAUCAGAUAUUCUCUGCGAAGAAAACUACCAAAGAACGACACGUAGAAACCCAAAUGGACGCUAUGUAGUAACUCUACCCUUCAAGGACCCCGAAAACAUCGACAUUGGAAGUUCAAGACACAUACCGCUAGCACAAUACCUUAGAAAUGAAAAGUCUUUACUUAGAAAACCUGAGGUAAAAGCGGAAUAUGACAAGGCAAUUACCGAAUAUUUGGAACUCUGUCACAUGAAGAAGGUCGAAUAUAAUCCCGCGGAUAAAACGACCCCAUAUUACUUACCACAUCAUGCGGUCAUUAAACCUGAUCGCAUCACAACAAAACUUCGCGUGGUAUUUAAUGCUUCGAACCCCACUUCGAAUCGAAAGAGCCUUAAUGACGUUCUACACAUUGGACCCACCUUACAAAAAGACUUAGUCAUUCUAAUU